UUUAAAUGUUGCUGUAUCAUACUAGGAAAGCCUGUGAGCACUUCCUGUCCAUUAGAACUUAGCCCCCCUAGAGUUGUGGUAAGGUUUGGAGACUCCUUAUCAGCAAACUGCACUUCAUCAUUUGACCAGACUGAAGGAAUGGGCUGGGAGUCUGUGUAUGGAGGAGUGGACUUUACCCUGGGCGUCACUUCUCUUCUCUUAAGAAUUGACUCUGUGUCAGUGUGGGAGAUAGGACCAAUGUGUUAUGUGAAUUCCCGUGAUGGUGAUCAGUGUGUAAAACUGUUGCCAGUCACUGUUUAUAAAAUGCCAGACCGUGUGUCACUGAAUUAUAGCUUAACUAAAAUUGCUAAUGUUGCACCAGCAAGAAAUCUCUCUGUGCUUUGGCUCAAAGGAAAUACUAUUAUAAAAUCUGAGACAUUUGAUGAGUCCAGUCCAUCUAAUGUCAGUAAAUCAUCUGUCAAGACCCACCAACCUUCAUCAAUGCUUCAAACGAGACCCUUGAACUUCCAGCUGGUGAAAAAAUGACCUUAAAUUGCAAUGCUACAGGAAACCCUGUGCCCUCAUAUGUCUGGCAGUAUUUGCAAGCAGCACAAGAGACGUACAAGAAUCAAGAUGUGAAUCAUCCCAUUUUGACCCAAUCAUCUGAGUUUCCAGGGGUCUAUACCUGCACCGCCUCAAACAGUCAGGGCACAGUUACUAAAUACUUUACAUGUUAGUGAAGGUCUGUGUAAGUUCUCUGCAGUUAAUUCAUUUUAUUCCUUAUCUUUAUAUGUCUUAUUAUGUCUUAUAAUCUUGUGUGCUGUGAUUCUCUGUACACCCCCUGGGACCACUGCUGGGAGUUUAAUUUCUUUGUUUGUUAAAAUCUUUAUUUUGGGAUUUGUUAUUUAUUUUCUGAAACAAACUUUCCCAUCUCUCACAGGAGAUGAAACAAUCAUCGCAGCAAUAGUCAGACUACUUGUGGCCUUCGGACUCCUGCUCUUUCUUACUUGUCUAGUAUUUAGGACACAGAGAGGGCCAUUUUCUUGCAAGAAAGGCGACUAUCUCCAAGGACAACCUACCUCAUCAGUACCAGUGUAAAAACAAAUUUGAAUGGUUGCAUGCUCAGCUAUCAACUUUCUUUAUAGCUCCAUUCAUCCAGAUUUCUGUCCUAAACAACAACAACAUUUUCAAUUAGUUUUUUGUAUCUAAUAAUUGUUUUCAUUUGUUUUAAUUUCCAUAUGGAUUAACAUGGCAUUCGAACGCUCCAUAAUUACUGCAACAAAUGUACUAAGACAUAUCAGUUGAUUGCAU